CUAUCACACGCAUCACAUUUUUUGUUCCUCUCCUGACCGCAUGUGUGUCAUCUGGUGUUUUUGAGACAAAUCAGCGCAGCUGUCUGAUUAUUACAAACUGCAACCAGUUACAAGUAUUUUGAUACAUGUAAUCUCUCCUACCUUUAUUCGUGAAAAGGAAGUUAAUGAUGUCCGGAAUUAGGAGCGCAUCUGAACUAAGUAAACGAAACUGAAAACGGCAAAGGCUUUAGCCUCUGUUUGUAACAGCAUCACUAAAUGAAGUGGCUUAGGUAAAGAAUGGGAAAGAAGAGGGUCAAAGACAGAAGCUUCAGAGAGGAUGAGGACAUUGAGCUCACAGGUCCAUCCUGCAGACAUAUUAGGAAAGGCUCUGACCAAACUCUUCUUAAAAAACUGUCUGCUGUUUCUGAUUGGGUGAGUUGUCAAGAUUGUAAGAAUGAGGAGAAUAAGGAAAAUAUCAGCACGACUCAGCCGGAGGAACCCGAAGAGGAAAAGGAAACUGUUGGAAUAUGGAUGUGCUUGAAAUGUGGGCAUAGGGGAUGUGGGAGGCAUUCUGAGAAACGGCAUGCCGUCGAGCAUUAUGAAACUCCUCGGUCGGAUCCACAUUGCCUGGUGGUUGGUUUGGACAACUGGAGUGUGUGGUGUUACAUAUGUGAUGAUGAAGUCCAGUACUCAAGUACAGGACAGCUGGCACAGCUGGUGAACAACCUGAAAAAGCAGAUCUCUACAGAUCCCAUGAAAAGACCACAGAAAAGAGUGAAAGAGGAUGUGGAUCUGUUGGAAGUGAAGCAGGAGACAGAAACUGUAAACCCAGAAGAAAGUGAGGACAAGGAAAUCAAAGACAGCCGGAAUAAACAAAAGAAAAACAUCAAGGAUAUGGUUGGAAAAUCCCAAACACACAACACAGUUGAGGAAAGUAGCAGUGUUCCAGUGAAAGGGCUGAGCAACCUUGGAAACACCUGUUUCUUUAAUGCAGUCAUGCAGAAUCUCUCUCAAACUCAGCUCCUGAGACAAAUUCUCAAUAAAAUAACAGAAGAGAAAGUCAGCCUCGAUAUUAAACCUGAUGCCUCUUUGGAUCUGGAGCCUAUACUAGUGCAGUUAGACCAGCCUGGAUCUCUUACAUUGGCUAUGUGUAAGCUACUUGGUGAGAUCCAGGAGUCCAAAAGGGCUGUGGUAACACCGCGUGAGUUGUUCACACAGGUUUGUAAAAAGGCUGCCAGGUUUAAAGGAUUUCAACAGCAAGACAGCCAGGAGCUGCUCCGGUACCUGCUGGAUGGGAUGAGAGCUGAGGAACUUAAAAGAGUUAACACGGGAAUAAUGGAGACUUUAAAACAAUCGAGCAAAGUUACAGAUGAAGAAAAGCUGAAAGCUGUAGUUAAAGAGUACGAGAAAAACGGAGUUCCUAAAAACUUUGUGGACCAGGUUUUUGGUGGUGAACUGACUAGCACAAUAAUGUGCCAGCAGUGUAAAACGGUGUCUGUUGUCACAGAGAUGUUUUUGGAUCUUUCCCUUCCUGUUUCGGAUGAGGCGUACAGAAAGAAAAUCCCCAAAAAGGCAGUUCCUAAGACCAGUGAAUCAAGCCAACAUGGCAGAAACGGCCCUGAUUUGACCAGCGGGAACGGCGACAUUCCAACUGGGACCAGCCGCAGGUGCCAGCAGAAAAAAGCUAAAAAGCAGGCAAAGAAGCAACCAAAGCAUCAUGAAUGGCGGCAGACUAUAGAAACCAGAAUCACUUUAGGAAGUCUGACAUCUCCAAGCAAUGCACGUGAACAAACGGAUGUUACUGAAGAUGCAAAAGACUCGGGGAAUAAUGAGAGUGUGCCACAUGAGGAAGCCCCAUCGAACGAACCAAAUCCUGAACCUGUCUGUGUGUCUGAACAGGAUCACAAUGUCGAGCAGGAAAAAGAGGAAGAUAAGGAUUCAGUGACUGAAGGUGUCUCAUUAGCUGAAUCAUCAGUCAGCAACCGUUUUAUCGUCUUGUCAGAGGAGCAGCACUCGCGUGACAGCUCUUCAUGUAACGAAAUGUCCAACACGGAUCUGGAAGGAGAACUGGACACACAGUUGGCAAAUAAACUGGAACGAGUGACUCUGGAUGAUGCGUUUAUAGAUGAUCCUCAUGCCAUAGAGCAAGCCGUGGAGAGUGAAGACGAAGCUCUGGAGGAUAUGGAAUAUACAGUAAUAAACCAAGACCCAGAGCUGGCCUUCAACACCCUCUCUACCAGGACAACCCCAGAGAAACAGGAGUGUUCAGUGCAGUCAUGUCUUUUACAGUUCACCGAAGUGGAAACUCUCACACAGAACAAUAGCUUGCUGUGUGUCACGUGCACUAAGCAACAUAGGAGGAAAGACAAAACAGGAGGAUCCAGAAAGAACAUCUACACCGAUGCCUUGAAGCAAAUGUUGAUCUCGUCCCCACCAUCUGUACUUACCCUUCAUUUGAAAAGAUUUCAGCAGAACGAGUACAGUAUUUGUAAAGUGAACAGGCACGUCCAAUUUCCUCUGAUUCUGGAUCUUGCUCCUUAUAGUGCAGUCAACUGCAAGAAUAUCUCUGAAGGAGACACUCAGAUUUUGUAUAGCCUGUAUGGUGUCGUGGAGCACAGUGGAACUAUGAGGUCCGGUCAUUACACAGCCUAUGUAAAUGUUCGACCCAACUCUUUAAAAUCCUCAUCAAAUGAUAAACAAGGAGAUGGAGACCCUCCUAGAGGAUCCUGGUUCCAUAUCAGUGAUACAAGUGUCCAACCUGUCAGUGAAAGUAAAGUUCAGAGCUCCCAAGCCUACCUCCUCUUCUACGAACGAAUCUUCUAACUGUGCAUAUUUACUCAGAAAAGACCAACCAACCUGCUGCUUCAACUCCAGUGCACAAGAGAUCUUAUCCAGGACUUUGAAAUUGCAUAGAUUUACAAAAAGGAUAUUUGAUGGCAUAUAUACCUUUUCAUUUGAGUUAAUAUUUUAGGUGUUCUGCUGAAUAUGGGAGUAAUUAUACUCAUGAUUAACAUUAAGCCAACUGGGAAAUGAGAGAUAAAUGGAAAUCUAUGAAAUAUAUAAAUCUCGGUGUUUAUUUUUAUGAUACUUUUCCAUGUAAUUAAAAGCUUUAAAACUG